AUGGCCAUGCUUACAGACGUUAAGCGCACAGAGCUACGACGCUCCCUCGUCGACCUGACUGACAGAGGCCUGACAGCUGCAGCAAAAUGGGCUGGCGAGCAGCUGGCAGGUCUGCCAGAGCCAGAUGGGAAGCACCCGCCUGCACGCAGCGCCAGGCAGAGCCGAGCAGGCUCCAGCGGAGCAGCAUCACACCAUGCAGAUGGAGAUGACGAUGCCUACCACUUCGCCAAGUCACUCUUCGACAUGAAGGAGUAUAGAAGGGCUGCGCACGUGCUAAAGGGGGCGAGCGGGCCGAGGGCGGUCUUUCUGAGGGGCUACUCCACCUAUUUGGCAGGGGAGAAGCGCAAGGAAGAAGAGCGGAUCGAGUCUGCCGGGCUGCUCGGCAAGGAAGGCGCAGCUAAUAAGGAGCUAGAGUUGCUGGAGAGCGAGCUGCAGGCUGCCACCCGGGACCCUCAGACCGCCGACCCCUUCCUGCUCUACCUGUACGGCCUCGUGCUCAGCGACAGGGAGCGGCGGGCCGAGGCUCGGGAGGCGCUGCUGCGAAGCGUGCACGGCUAUCCAUGCAACUGGUCGGCCUGGCAAGCGCUGGCGGCUGCGGCCGCGCCGGGGCAGGAGCUCGCACCGGACGCGGAUGCAUCGAUGCCGCGGCACUGGACUCGCGAAUUUCACCUCGUCCACAUCUGCCUCGAGACCCAGGAGAACGAUGAAGCCCUCGGCCGCCUGCAGAGCCUGGCGGCGCAAUUCCCCGGCAGCGAGUGGGUGACUAAUGCCACUGCGACGGCGCAGUACAACCUGCGCAACUUUGACGAGGCCCAGGAGCUGUUCGAAGACCUGCUCGAGCGCGACCCCCACCGCAUCGAGGGCAUGGACGUUUACAGCAAUAUACUGUACGUGAAAGAGGCCUUUGCAGCGCUGAGUCACCUGGCGCACAGGGUCUCCAUGGCCGACAAGUACCGCCCCGAGAGCUGCUGCAUCGUCGGCAACUACUACUCCCUCAAGGGACAGCACGAAAAGGCGGUGCAGUACUUUCGGCGUGCGCUGAAGCUGAACCGGAACUACCUGUCCGCCUGGACGCUCAUGGGUCACGAGUACGUGGAAAUGAAAAACCCGCCCGCCGCCAUAGAGGCGUACAGGCGGGCAGUGGAUUUAAAUCCUCGGGACUACCGUGCAUGGUACGGGCUGGGGCAGACGUACGAGCUGCUGCACAUGCCAUUCUACGCACUCAACUACUUCCGCCGAGCCACCCAGCUGCGCCCUCACGAUGCCCGGAUGUGGAUAGCGAUGGGGCAGUGCUACGAGCACGAGCAGCUCAGCAUGGCACCCGCCGCAAUCCGCUGCUACCACCGCGCCCACGACUCCGGAGACCGCGAAGGCAUAGCGCUGCACAAGUUGGCGCGGUGCUACGAGCGGGGCAAGGACCUGGACGCGGCUGCUCGGUGCUACGAGGCGAAUCUGGCGCGUAUUGACGCUGAGCAGCUGCAGGGACAGGACGCGCCCGACGCCCUCCUCUUCCUCGCAACCUACAAAAAGAACGCUGGGGAGCUGGCGGCGGCUGAGGGGUUGUGCCUGCGGCUGCUGGACUUUGGAGCCGCCUCCAAGGAGAGGGCCAAGGCGCUGCUCAGAGAAAUCCGCUCCAUGCAGGUGGCGGGGAGCGCGUCUGCAAUGGCGUUGGCGGCUGCCAGCCUGGCGGACGACGAUGACAUGGCGCAGUGGGACCCUGCCGAAGAUAUGGCGAUGACCCCCGGAUCCAUGGGAGGCGCGCCGCACGAAGGCUCGCUCACCCUUGACACCGCCUUCGACAUAUCUCCCCAGUACUAG